ACUGGUGUGUUAUGCAUUAUUUUCCCAUGUAUAGAAGCAAACAGAAAUGGCAAAAAGCCUAAGGAGCAAAUGGAAGAGAAAAAUGCGAGCAGAGAAGAGGAAAAAAAAUGCUCCCAAGGAACUGGCCAGAUUGCAGAGCAUUCUGAAAACCAACAGUGAUGUUGUAAUGGAUGAAGUGAAGGAAGUCGUAACUGUGGUUGCUGCCGAGAAAAUCUUAGAGAAAAAGGAUUCAGAUGAUGGAAGUAAGAUGGACAUGGAUGCUAAAAGAAAUCAGAAAACUCUUUUGGAUCAACAUGGACAAUAUCCAGUAUGGAUGAAUCCCAGACAGAGAAAAAAGCUAAAGGCAAAACGUGUCAAAGGAAAAAAUAAGUCUAAAGCACCAAAAGGAUUAACGUGGUAGACUCUGGUAAAUGUUAAGAAAUAAAAAGGGAUGGAGGGAGAACUUAAUGGUUUAUGUCAUCAGUCCUAAGGGGCAUUUCUUUUUCUUGUUUCUGAUGUUCAGAUUCAUUUAAUAAAGUUCCAAUUAUCUUUGUACAAACUGGACUAUAAGCCAACAACUGGAAUUACAAAUAAGCUUAAUAUUGGAGUAUAAAGUGUUCAGAUUUUAAAGGAGAUAUUUCAGAAUUUCUUAGAUAUUUAUGUGUUUA